AUGGCUAAUAAUGAUAAUGGAAGUGAGUCAUCAGCCAGUGGCACUGAAUCGAUGGAAAGAAUAAUAGAAAGAGUGGUUACUAGCUUUUUGCAAGCCUUGCAAACUAACAUCAAUAAUGGGAUGCCGGAACGGCGAGAAGAGUCGGUUACCAUAAAACAAUUCCAAGAUUUGAAACCCACCACAUUUAUCGGCGGCCCAGACCCAAUGGUAGCAAGCACUUGGGAAUGGUGGCUUCUCACUCUGGCCAAAGAAGAAAUUACGACUUGGGCAAGAUUCUUGGAAGUAUCCUAUGAAAAAUACUUCCCAGAUUCAUUGCGGGAACAGAAGGCAUCUGAAUUCAUACAUCUAAAGCACGGAACCACGAUGGUGGCCGAAUAUGAGAGCAAGUUCAUACAACUCGCUCGAUUUGCAACAUACGUCAUUCCCACCGAAACUCGAAAAGCAAGAAAGUUCGAAGCAGGAUUGGAUGCUGAAAUUAAAGACAGGCUCGAGGCCUUGAAACUGCCAACCUAUGCAAAAGUAGUAGACCGGACGUACAUUGUAGAAAAGGAGAUUAAAGCCUCGUGUUCUAGGGAACCAAGCCAAAAGAAGCGAUUUUGGAAAAAAGACAACAGAAGACCCGGUGUUGCGCCUCCUAAAAAGGUGAAUAUGGGCUCCAAAAAGAGGCUGGCAUCCUAG